GAAAGCUCUUCAUCAUCACAGGAAGCCGGCGGGCUUUGGCCCUGAGUGCGCUGCAAGGAGUACGCCGGCACCGGACCAUCCGGGCUCCCUGCCGGCUCUACGGCCCUCAGGACAGGUUUGCAGAACGGUACCAAGCGAGGGACACCACUGCCGAGCAGGGAGAGGGCAUGAGCCUGCAGCUCCAUGGGUACAAGAAAGAGGCAUGGCACAUGGGCCGGCCACUCUUCCGCUGCGAGCAGGAGUGGUGUGAUGGGCGUGUGUUUCAGGAGAAAGUUAGUUCUCAUGAAGAGAAGGAGAUGUUCAAUGAUCUUGUUACAAGCCCCUCAGCCCAAGACCAAGCCACGCCCGCAAGGGAGGCCGUUGCAGUGGUUGCAUCCAAGUCUGUCUGCUGCUUAUGGCUCCGAGGCGCAUGCCGUGAACAGGGAAGCCACGUGCUGAGGGACCAGGAACUUCUUCACGAAGACGUGCGUGGCCUGUCAUGCAGCUUCGGAAUGCGCUGCUACUACAACCAUUACAUGUCGCGAGGCCCACUGCCUCCGGAAGUCCCUGAGCCCCCGCCCCCCCCUGGAAGUCUUCACGCCACGCCGAUGGAAACAGAGCUUCACACCUCGGAUGCAGCCUCGACCUUUGUGUGCUGCCUUUGGCUUGGCGGAAGGUGCCGCGAAGAAGGCAGCCACGCAAAGGGAAGCAAGACAUUUCUGCAUGAGGAUGUUGCAGGAAUGAUGUGUGGCUUCGAGCUCCAUUGUCGGCACAAGCACUAUGCACGACCUGGAAUGUCCAAAGCUGCCGGGGCAAGGAUUGAGAAAGAGGAGUCAGAACCAGAGUGCCAUGCAGAGAACAAGCCAUCUGAAGACCCUUUCACAGCAACGUCCGUGUGCUGUUUAUGGCUUUGCGGACGGUGUAGUGAAGCAGACAGCCACACGCACGGAAGGCGCCGGUUCUUGCAUGAGGACGUUCCAGGUAUGCUUUGUGGCUUCGGGUCGUCCUGCAGGUUUAAGCACUAUGAAAGACAGGAGGCAUCAGAUCAGGCAGUUCCGGAAAUGACCCCAGCGACCGCGGCCGGUGAGCCGUCCAGUUCCGAUCACAGGCUCCAGUGGCGCCCCAAGCUCCCAACCAACCAGCAAAAUGAAGCAGCCUUCACAAGCAUUGACGGGAAGCAAAGUGUUGACAGCCAGAUGAUUCCGGAAUCUUCCAGCGAAGAAGGACCGCCCGAAGCAGAGAAAGCCUCGACGCCGCGAGGAGAGACCAGCGGACAGGUCGAUGAGGAGUCCGGGCCCCCAACUCCGACGUUCAUAUGCUGCAAGUGGCUAUGCGGAACAUGCAAGGAGGUCAGUAGCCACAUGAGUGGCAGUCGGCAAUACUUGCAUGAGGAUGCUCCGGGCUUGCAGUGCGGGUAUGGGCUGAAGUGUCGGUAUGGACACCAUCAAGAACAGAGGGCGGUAUGCUGCUAUUGGCUGGAGGACCGGUGUGACUUCCCUGCGACACACAAAGUGGGGAAGCGCACGUUUCUGCACCGGCGGGAUCCGCAGCUUUUGUGCAGCUAUGGCACGUCGUGCCGCUUCAGACACAAUGACCCCAAGCAGAAAGCAGGAAAUCUGCACGUUCUUGAGCCAGAUUCCGUUGGCCGUCCCGAAAUCCGCGGUGACAUGCUGGUUUGUACAAAGACAGAAAAGAGCAUUCGCUAUGGUGAAGUUCAGGAGGUUUCCGCGGAGUCUGCGAGGAAGCAGGCGCCCGUCCAUGUGCGCUUCUUGAUGGAUGAUGGGUCGCACUCCUUGGAGAGGGUGUCCGUGACGCAGCUCCUCGUUCCAGAGUACUCGGCCUUUGAGAUUGGCAUGCAGGUGCAGGUGGCCUGUGGAUCCAAGCUCUUCUUGGCCACGGUCAGGGAAGUCUCCCAAGAUGUCAGGCAAUCUCGCAGGCCCAUCUGUGUCCAUCGCAAGGGAUCGGCGCAAGAGGAGGAGGAGUGGGUCGGCGCGGACCGGCUCCGCAGCAGGGCACUGAAGUUCUUGCCGCUCAGGUGCUCUGAGUCCCAGAGCAAAGAGGUCAGGGAGGUCAGGGAGUUGAGGGAGGUCCCGGAACCCGAAGUCAGGCCUCCAGCCGCCAGUCCUUUACCAUGGGACGAGCCCGGCAGCUCGGAUGGUGAGGACACCCUGCACUGCCUAGACAAUGCUGUGCACGCCACCGAGUGCGCCAUGACGGUUGCCGGCCAGUCGAAGGAGUGGCUGCCGGAGCUGGAGCGUGCCUUGCGCGAAGCAGCACGGUCCUCACAGCUGGAGAGCUUGUUGGCUCUGCAUGGCUGGGAAAGGGGGGAAAGGGGGGAAAGGGGGGAAGAAGGGAAGUUCGGGAGCCCCCCGGACCUGCAAUGCCUUCUCGAUCGGCUCAUCCAGGUGCGGUCGGAUAAGUACGAGGUCGGCAGUGACUCCAGCCAGUGCCAGGGCUCCGCUGCUUCCGGCGCGGAGGUCUCGGAGGUCAUGCUGAACGAGGUCGCAUCGAGCUGCGCCUUUUGUCCAGACAGCCUUGAGACUCAGCUCAGCAGGCAGGUUCUCGUGGAGCGCGGGCCAAAGCCCUUGCUGGGUUGCAAGGUGCGCAUCCUGGCAGGCAAGAACCGGGCACAGGCUCGAGACUGCGACCGGUGCUUCGUGCGCCUGCUCCUCGGCCAGAUCUUCUCCGUCGGAAAGCAGCCCCGACGAGCACGGUCUUCCCUGCGCGUGGAGGACGUGGGCAGGACCGUACUCUUCGGGCGCAUCGUCCACUCCGAGGAGUUUGGCGUCCCAUGGCAGAACGAGUUCGUCUGCUCCAGAUCCAAGGUCGUGCGCAAUCACAACUAUGUGCCCUUCAAGCCCAUCAAUGGCAAGCUGCCACCUAUUCAAGUGCCCUGGAGCAAGGCCAAGCCCCUGCCGAGCAGUAUCGAUCUUCAUGUCAUUCAAGUGGACUCUUGGCAUGGUGACCGGCAGCCGAGGGGGAGGUAUGUGGAGAGCUUGAAGAUGCAGUCCCGUGACUCCGAUGUCGGCAUCCUGGAGCCAGUGCAGAUCUCUCUCAACUUCUGCGACUGGAAGCGAGGAGAUGCGAAGCAAAACGCGGGUCUCUUUCCAUCCGGGCAAUUUCCACGCCCGGAUGCCUCCGGGCGGGAAGAUCUCCGAACUCUGCUAACAGUUGGCAUUCAGCACCCAGGCCUGCCAACCAGCUUGGUGAUGUCCCACCUGCCUGCCAUAGGCUUGCAGAUGCAUGUUCUGGAUGUGAACUCUUACCUUGCCCAGCCGGGGAUGGAGACGGUGGAGGAGAUGGUGCGCCGGCGUGCUGUCGGAGCUUGGUUCUACGACCAUAAGGACAUGCCCUUGGACGCCUGCCUCCCACUGUUCCCGCCAGAUGUCGAGCAGGAGCUGAGCUUUCAGGAGCACUCCGAGCGCCUCGCCGUGACCUUCACCUUCCCCCUUACGGCGCACCAGGAUCUCGACUUCCAGAACGUUGCCAUGUCGGAGACUUUGGUGCGGUGCAAGUCUAUUCUGACUCCGGAGGAGGCUGGCUUGAUGCUGCUGGGCAAGGAGGGCGAGGAUGGCGAGGUGGGCAGCUUGAUGCGCCACCUGGCGGGCCAUGCGCGGAAGUUCGAGAAGGCGGAAGUCAAGCGCGCAAGCUUGGCCUCCUUGGAGCACCUGGAUGUCGACUUUGCGAGCCACGCUGGGGCUGGGGAUCAGGCUCCAUCGGCUUAUGCCCACCUUGCUGGCAGCCGGCUUGUACGAACUCUUGCACACGUUCUUGAUCAGCAUGCUGGCCGCCUCCUGCGAGGAAGUCCUGCAUGGAGGGAGCUGCUGGAGGAGGAUGGCAGGGAGACACUGCCAGCACUUGAGAUCAGGUGUUCUCAUGCGCAACAGGAUCCAGAUGCACGGAAGGUCAUUGAGCGUCUUCUGCUUCUCAAGCCUGGGGACGAUCAAGUGCAGCUUGGAGUGGGUCAUGCGUUGCAGGCGCUGCGGACAAUCAUCAGUCGAACGGGGCUGUCGUAUGCCCAGCGACAUUGCUUCGUCUCAUCUUUUGUUCGGCGGCUUCGCAAUGCCCUCCCGCAGUCAUACUACGAAGUUGCAGAGCCCGAGCCUGCAGCAAGCAAGCCUGGCACCCAGGAUUUCUUCCACGAGCCUUUGUUCCACAUCAGUCGGCCCUUGCAGCGGUACAUCGACAUCCUGGGAAUGCGGGCCCUGAAGUGUCAGCUUGGUUGGCGGCCCUCCAAGCUCCUGCGCUUGCCCAAGAUGGACUUGCAGAAGGCGGUGGCUCGGGCAAACGCCAGGCAUGCGGCUGAGGGCUUUGGCCUGCACAUCUUCAGGAUCAUCUCCUGGAGGAAGGAGCUGCAUGAGCUGUCCAUCGGGCGUCGCGUCUCCGAUCCAUUGAUAGGGGCCGUGGGCCCCGUGUACAUCAACGUCCUGAUCCCCUCAGCUGCAGCCUCCAUUCUCGAGAUGAAGGUUCCCGUGUCAGUGCUCUGCAGUUCAUCGAGCUCCCCGCACUACGAUGCCGCGGCCCAGUCCUUGAGGUUCAGCGCCAAGGACCCGGAGACGGGAGAGGCCAGCAUCUUGCUGGAGACCUGGAGUUCCCCGAAGAUGAGCUGCGUCAUCUCGCGGAACUGCGCCCAACCAAUUCCCCACCACGCCAGCGCCAAUGCCGUCAUCGUGACGGAGCUCGUGCUGGACAAGACCAGGCUCCCAGUCGGCCACAGGAUGUUCCCGGAGAUGUUCUCAUCCUCUCCUGAUCUGCCAGAGUGGGCGGUCAUGGACCGCCGGAUCGAGGCCUACUCGCGCAUCUGGACCCGGAUCCGCACCUGCCAAGUCCAUGCAACUGCUGCCUCCAGUGACGCGUACACCCCGCCCAGCCCCGCACGCCACGUGAGAUGGGUCAGGAAGGACAACGAAUGGCACUUCCAGUGCCAGGUGGAUGUGCUUCUAUCUCCCUGUUCCUGGGUCCGACAGGGAGACCUUGCUGUGGUUCGACUGGAGAGGGAGGAGAAGGUGGUGGAUCUUCGUGGAACGGUUCUGCAGGCCAAGCCUUACCCGAAAGCGCGCGACAGGGACGACUCGUCUGCUGAGAAGACCUUCAAUGUCCAGGUAGAGCUCUGCGAGAAUUCCCAGACUUUGCGAGAGGAGCUCGCAAUCUUCGUCGAUGCUGUCGCCGCUCCUGGGCUUUACUUCAUAUCUGUCCAAGGCAACGAGAAGAAGAGCAUCCAGAUGCUCGAAACCAUUCCGGCAAGCCCUCCGCUGCAGAACAUGCGACUUACAGUGCCACGCACCUCACAGCAGCAGAAGCGAGAGCUGGAGAUGAGGCCACUGAUGACGCCCGAGCAGGUGAAGCUUCUUCAGCAGAACCCGGACUACCCGAUGCGGAAGGACACGAGCCUGAAUGAGCAGCAGACCAUCGCACUCCAGCGUGGAUUACAGCGCCCCUUCUCUAUUGUGCAAGGGCCACCUGGCACCGGCAAGACCUCCUUGCUUGUGAAGUUUGUUGUGACGGCGAUGUCCGUCAAGCCUGCUGACCAGCGGCCGCAGCAGGUGCGCGCGAUGGUUGCGGGCGGGGGUUUGGCAAGGGGGGGUGGUGUGGCGGGGCAGCAAGGGGGCGUGUUGCAAGGACAAGGCUUCAAUGAGGCAGAUGUCGGCUGUCGAGAUGCUACCAACACGGCUCAGGUGCACCGCAUUCUCGUGUGCGCACCCUCCAAUCACGCAGCAGAUCAUCUUCUGCAGCGGCUGGUAACGGACACAUCCAUCCCGCCGCAGUACAUCACACGGGUGUAUUCCAGAUUCAUCGAGGCCACGCAUGGAAGCAUCUACAAGGGUGGCCACAUGCGAAAUGAGCGCAGCUUUGACAUUCAGCCCCACCUGGAGGAGCACAGCUUGCACUUCAAAGUGAGUCAAAUGCCGCAACUAGCAGCCCAGACCAGGCAGAAUGCUGAUCAGAAGGCUGUUGACAAGGCGUACGAGGCAGCGGAGAUCAGUGUAUUGAGUGACAGCCGCGUGGUGAUCACUACAUGCUCGGUUGCAUACCUCCACACUGCCUUGAUCCAGGGUGAGCCACGCACUGCCGUGCGCCCAAUCCAAUUUCACACCGCAGUCAUCGACGAAGCUGCGCAAGCGAGUGAGCCGGAUGUUGUGUUGGCAGCCACCCAUGCGGCUCAGCGCUUGGUUGUCGUUGGGGACCACCAGCAGCUCGGGCCGGUGAUAACGCAGAGGAACCUCUGUGCGGCGUAUCUCAGUGCUUUGGAGGUACCCUUCUUGGAGAGGAUGUUGAAGGAUCCUGUGCGCCUGAGGUCCAGUGUCAUGCUGAACGUGCAGCAUCGGAUGCACCCGUCCAUCAGGCAGUUUCCCUCCAAGCAGUUCUACGAGUCCAAGCUGAUGGACCAUGUCUCCAUCCCCCACCGGCCAGAGCUCCAGUGCCUCUGGCCCCAGGAGAAGGAGCACGUGCGCUUCGUCGACUGCCAGACUCCUCACUCCCUGGACCGAGCUUGCGAGGCAUCUUGCGAGGGGAGGAGCUCCUUGAGAAAUGCAGGGGAGGCCGAGGUGGCGGUGGAAGCGUGCGCGGCGCUCCUUCAGAGAGGCUGCAGGCCAGAGGACGUCGCCAUCAUCACGCCGUACACGGCGCAGUACCAGGAGAUCCGUGACAAGCUGGACCGAGCCGUUUGCGGCAAGUCCUUGAUGGUGCUCGUGGGCACGGUUCAUGCGCUGCAGGGGUCCGAGCGCGAGUUCAUCAUCAUGAGCUGUGUGCGCAGCAUCUCCGACGAGGUGCAAGACAUCUCCUCGGGAGAGGCUGCCACGCGCGGCGACUCCAUCGCGUUGCGGGAGAUGUGUCUUCCAAGCCUGGGCAUCGUCUCGAACCCGAAGCUCCUGAACGUGGCUUUGACCCGUGCAAAAUAUGGACUGCUGUGCAUAGGCAAUGCAGACAUCUUGUGUGGAGGUUCCAAGGACUUUCAAGAUUUGAUCAGCAACCUCCGCAACCGCAAGUGCCUGGUGGAAAGGGAGGCCUUUGUCAAGUCCUUGCGAGGGAACCAGUGCGGAAACCGCUGGGCGAAAGCAUCGCUUUCCCGAAGCCGCCCGGCGGUUCCGACCGUUCGCCCAGAGGACUCCUGCUCCAACGUGGGGGUCGGCUCCCAUUCCCAUGUCGGAGUCGGGGUUCGAGACGCUCUUGACGAUGUGAUCGACGGAUCGCAGGUGUCCAAUGCCCCCAGCUCCAUCUCCGUCCUCUCCGAUCCGCGUGGUGGCCCGAAGUGCUUCCUACGAGGGACCCUCCUGCGCGGCGCCAGCAGCCUGAUGAUCCCGGUGGAGUGCUUGGAGGAGGGCAGCCGCAUCUGCUCAGCCGUUCCGAGUGGGGCAUGCUUGGAGGUGAAGAAGGUCCAGCGUCACUGGGUCGCCGUUUUGGAACUUCAAUGUCAUGACCGCGAGACGGUGGACUUGGUCCGGAUCGAUGCUCGGAUCGAUGCUGCUGAGGCGUCCAUCGUGGUGACGGGCACGCACCGGGUGGUCAUGGAGACCGGCCCUCCCAGGCCCGCCAACGAGGUGAAGAAGGGCACAAAGGUCCGAAUCACUGGAGGAGCUGCAGCUUCCGUCACCCUGGUGGAGAAGUUCAAGGACACCGUGGACAUCUUCCAGGUGACCUUCCACCCGGAUGAGCCGGUCGAGGCCGUCUCGCCAUCGGCGGCCCAGAUCUGGACCAUGGGCCACUCUGAUCGUGGACGCACCCGCCGCUCCGGGAUGACCCAGCGACCCAAGCAGAGGGCGCAGACUCCCAUUGACGAAGACGAGAAGAUGAGUAUUCCGCAGACGUACGACUUCUUUGAGGAUGCGCCUCCUUGA